AUGGAACACAGCUCCUGUUGUGUUCACACUGUCAGUCUUUUGAUGAGCACUGGAAGGGGGAGUAAAGUCCAAGACGAAGGGCAGAUUAUUAACCUGACUAAUCUGGUCCCCCUCUGUCUCUUUCUUUCUCUCAUAAAACCAGCACUUUGUGUCCAGCCAGGUCUCACGUCUCACGUGGUCUCUAGGAGACAGCAGCACUGGCCCUUCAGAGCCUCGCACAUCCUCCAAGGACCAAUGAAUCAUUCGGAAAAGGAAGAGGAGCUUAAGCUCCCACCUUCAGAUGGGGUUGUGCAGGCAGAGGUACAGGAGAUGCCUGCUGACAUGGAAAAGAAGCCUGAAGAGCCCCAGAAUCAGGUGCCAGGAUUUGAUAUGAUCUACAGAAUCGAGGAUGUCCCGCCUUGGUAUUUGUGUGUGCUGCUGGGACUGCAGCACUACCUGACAUGCUUCAGUGGAACUAUCGCUGUGCCAUUCCUAUUGGCUGAUGCCAUGUGUGUGGGGAGGGACCAGUACACUGUCAGCCAAUUAGUGGGCACCAUCUUCACUUGUGUGGGCAUCACUACCCUCAUACAAACCACAUUUGGUGUCAGGUUGCCUCUGUUCCAGGCAAGUGCCUUUGCCUUUCUCGUCCCUGCUCAGGCAAUUCUAAGGCUCGACAGAUGGAAGUGUCCUUCUGAAGAGGAGAUUUAUGGAGACUGGAGUGUUCCUCUCAACACUUCGCAUGUUUGGUAUCCACGUAUAAGAGAGAUUCAGGGUGCUAUCAUUGUAUCCAGCCUGAUUGAGGUGGUCAUAGGGCUGACUGGAAUCCCGGGGAUCCUGCUCAACUCAAUUGGGCCCCUAACUGUCACCCCCACCGUGUCCCUUAUCGGAUUGUCUGUCUUCCAGACAGCGGGAGACCGCGCAGGCAGCCACUGGGGCCUCUCUUUACUAUGCAUCUUCCUCAUUGUUUUGUUUGCUCAGUAUCUGAGGAACUGGGCCUGUCCUUUCCCAGUCUACACCAGAAAGAAAGGCUGUCACAUCAUACAUGUGCAUAUCUUCAAGAUGUUUCCGAUCAUCAUGGCAAUCAUGUUGGUAUGGCUGGUUUGCUAUAUUCUCACACUGACCAACGUGCUGCCUGAUGAUCCAAAUCGGUACGGCUAUAAAGCUCGCACUGACUCGCGGGGCGAUAUUAUGAACCAGGCACCAUGGUUUCGUUUCCCCUAUCCAUGUCAGUGGGGAUUACCCACAGUUACAGUAGCAGGAGUGCUAGGCAUGUUCAGCGCCACUCUAGCUGGUAUUGUUGAGUCUAUUGGAGAUUAUUACGCCUGUGCUCGCCUCUCUGGGGCUCCACCUCCACCUAUACAUGCUAUUAAUAGAGGGAUCUUUACAGAAGGUGUGUGCUGUAUCAUAGCAGGGUUGCUGGGCACAGGAAAUGGCUCAACUUCUUCCAGUCCUAACAUAGGGGUGCUUGGCAUUACAAAGGUAGGAAGCAGGAGGGUGAUACAGUAUGGGGCAGGCAUAAUGUUUUUGUUGGGAACCAUUGGGAAGUUUACUGCCCUCUUUGCGUCCUUGCCUGAUCCUGUCCUUGGAGGAAUGUUCUGCACUUUGUUUGGUAUGAUUACAGCUGUUGGUUUGUCAAACCUACAGAGUGUAGACCUAAACUCCUCCAGAAAUCUUUUUGUGCUGGGUUUCUCCAUGUUUUCUGGCCUGAUGUUGCCUAAUUAUCUUGACGCUCAUCCAGGCAGCAUCAAAACAGGUGUGGCUGAGCUAGAUCAAAUCAUCACAGUGCUCUUGACAACAGAGAUGUUUGUAGGGGGAUUCAUAGCGUUUGUACUAGAUAACACAAUCCCAGGGUCCAGAAAAGAGCGAGGUCUGAUUGAAUGGACAGAUGGGAGUUCUUCUGGAGCAGACACGGUGACAGCAAAAACAUAUGACUUUCCAGUGGGUAUGGGACUGGUUCGGAAGGUGCGCUGCCUACGCUACCUGCCCAUCUGUCCCACUUUCCAGGGCUUUUGGUCAUCACGCCACAAGUAUAAGGAGGGGGAAGACGAUAUGGCAAGAAAGGAAAGUGUGGGGACAGAUGUUCCUGUUGAAAUGGUCUGCACUAAAGUGUAGCAAUAUGCCUUUAUUUGACAGUGUUCAAUAUAGCAUACGUACAACUGCAUACAUUUAUUUUGAUAUGUUAAAAGAUAUGUUACUUUGAUGGACAGUUUGAGGACACAAGGUGUCUCUUCUUGUAACACACAACCAAAUGAGAAAUUUGUUUUGAUAAUAAAGCAUUGGGUGUUUUAUUGAAAUGUCUUCAAAAGAAAACGAAGAUCAGGUUUUUCUCAUUUAUUACCUCUUGAUUGUGUUCAAAAUUUGCAAGUGAUUAACACUAAACAAAAUGUUUUCAGAAAUUGUUUCCAUCAGAAUAUUGUGACAAAUGUCAUUUUUAAAAUGUAAUGUCUUUAUGUAUGUAUGUAUUAUUGUAACUGAUAAUGUUUAUAUAUAUAUAUACCUAAAGUGUAUACGAUAUGCCAUAAGACCAUCACAGAUUUAAAAAAAAAAAGUGCUUUAAUUAU